CACGGCGAGGAUAAAGCAAGAUGGCGUCUGACGGUGAAGACAUUAUUGCAGUCGUCACAGUUCAGUGUUCUUAAUCUGUGCCUCCAUGUACAUAUAUAUUUCCUUUAUUAGACUCUAGUGAAUAGAGUAAACAUCGUUAAUAACUGUUUGCAUCCGGUUAUAUUAGUCUGAGCGCACUUUGAUGCUUCUCGAGCUAGCUUAGCUUGCUAGUUAGCUUAGCAUGUUAGCUGGUGACAAAGAGAGGCGGAAGUGAUCAAAACACAUCACUAAGUAGAGAUCAAGUGUGAGUGUAAAGUGUUGUGAUUGUGUGAAAAUGUGCGAAAGAACGAUAGCAGAGUACGAGGAGGAACUUUGUCCAACAAAAGAGGAGAAGGAGCGACAACAACAAAAACAUCAAGUUGUGUUACACAGAACAGACAUCCAUCAGCUGAUUGAACACCAAGAAGAAUAUCUCCCUCAUCUGCAGGGGGACAGUUUCACACAUCCACACUCCCUCUUUUUUAAAGAGGAAGAGGAGGGAGAGUGUCCUGUAGGGCAGGAGGAGGCUGAUCUCAGCAAGUUUCCACUGACUGUUGUCUCUGUGAAGACUGAAGAGCAUGAAGACAAACCACCUGAGUCCUCACAGCUUCAUCACAGUCCAAAUGUCUGUGAAAAACAACUUCUGCCUGAAAAACAGGAGUGUAGCUACAGGAUGGUGAAGGAGGAUCCAUCAAAGAAGAAGACCAGGUGUCACGGACCCUUUGGCGUCUUCUUUUCCUCUUUGACACAGACCCUUCCAUGUAAAAAGGAAGAGGAAGACUCACUGACGCCCCACAUUAAAGAGGAAGAGGUGGAAUACAACAUCAGUCAGGAGGGAGAGCCUCUUAAAGGACUGGUGGAGUUCCCAGUGAUUGGUGUCCCUGUGAAGAGUGAAGGUGAUGAGGUCAAAGGUGAAAGUGAGGAGAAGAGAGAGGCGGAGCCUCCAAGCAGCAGCUCAACACAACACAUGACAACAGAAGCUGAUGGAGACCACUGUGGAGGAUCACAAGCAGACAAGUUCUUAGCUCCACUAUCAGAUAGUGAGGACACAACGUCACACUCUCCUGACACUGAUGAUGAAGACUCUAAAGAUGAUAAGACAUGUCACACUGACAACACUCACUUGAAAUGUUCUCUCUGUGACAAAUUCUUUCAUUCCCGUUCUUAUCUGAAAAUACACAUGAGAACACACACUGGAGAUAAACCGUUUUCCUGCUCAGAAUGUGGUAAAUGUUUUACUAACAGUCAGAGUUUGAAAAUACACAUGAGAACACACACUGGAGAAAAACCGUUUUCCUGUUCAGAUUGUGGUAAAUGUUUUACAGUAAGUCAGAGUUUGAAAGUACACAUGAGAAUACACACUGGAGAAAAACCUUUUUCUUGUUCAUUCUGUGGUAAAGGUUUUACACAAAAAAAUGUGUUAAACGAACAUAUGCCAAUACACACUGGAGAAAAACAUUUUACCUGUUCAAUAUGCGGUAAAAGUUUUACACACAGUCAGAGUUUAAAAAAACACACAAUGUUGCACACUGGUGAAAAACCUUUUAUCUGCUCAAUCUGCGGCUCAUCUUUUAUGAGGAAGGAAUAUUUGAAAGUGCACAUGAGAACACACACUGGUGAAAAGCCUUUUUCCUGUUCAGUCUGUGGUAAAGGUUUUGCAGAAAGACAACAUUUGAAAAAACACACAAGAACACACACUGGUGAAAAAUCACAUUCCUGUUCAAUCUGCAACAGAAGCUUUUGUGAACGAUCAACCCUUAGAGCACAUAUGAGAACACACACAGGAGAGAAAGAGUUUAGUUGCAGUGUGUGUGGUGAAAGAUUCUCUUAUAAGAAGCAGUGUAAAAAACACAAGUGUGCUGGUGAGAACAGCAGCAGCAAAUGAAGACCCAGGAUUUGAAAAAAAAAGUUUUGGACUUUGUAAGAACAUCAACACAUAAAACAUUUGUGACAUUUUUUGUUUGUGUAACAAUAUUUUAAUAUGCUUCUACAUUUAUAGAUUAGUUAUUUUGUAUUAUUUAUUUUUUUUUAACACGAGUACAUGCAAAGACAUUUAUCAACAACACCCAGAAACGCCGCCGGCUUCGCAAGGCCCAAGCUCAUCUAAGAUGGACUGAUGCAAAGUGGAAGAGUCCACAUUUCAAAUUGUUUUUGGAAACUGUGGACGUUUUGCCCUCCGGACCAAAGAGCAAAAUAAACAUCCAGAUUGUUAUAGGCGCAAGGUUCAAAAGCCAGCAUCUGUGAUGGUAUGGGGGUGUAUUAAUGCAAAUAAUCAUAAUGGGGGAUGGCAUGGCGAAGUUGGGAGAGUGGCCGUGCCAGCAAUCUGAGGGUUACUGGUUCAAUCCCCACCUUCGACCAUCCAAGUCACGCCUGUUGUGUUCUUGGGCAAGACACUUCACCCUUGCUCCCGAUGGGUCCUGGUUAGCACCUUACAUGGCAGCUCCCGCCAUCAGUGUGUGAAAGUGUGUGUGAAUGUGGAAAUACUGUCAAAGCGCUUUGGGCUCCUUAAAAAGGGGUAGAAAAGCACUAUACAAGUACAACCAUUUACCAUUUAUUUACCCAAGGCAUGGGUAACUUACACAUCUGUGAAGGCAACAUUAAUGCUGAAAGGUACAUACAGGUUUUAGAGCAACAAAUGUUGCCAUCCAAGCAACGUCAUUCUCAUGGACGCCCCUGCUUAUUUCAGCAAGACAAUGCCAAGCCACAUUCUGCACAUGUUAAACAGCCUAGCUUCGUAGUAAAAGAGUGUGGGUACUAGACUGGCCUGCCUGUAGUCCAGACUUGUCUCCCAUUGAAAAUGUGCGGUGCAUUAUGAAGCCUAAAAUACCACGAUGCUAUUUAUUGUAUUAUUUGAAUAUCUUAGUAUUGCAUAAUAACAAGGUACACGUUUAAUUUAAAA